CAAAAACCCAAAACCCUUUCGCAGGUUUCAGCAUCUGUACCAUUGCUCGAAAGUACUAGUUUCAUUUUCACUUCUGACGCUGUGAGUUGAUAAUUCAGUUUUUCCUUGCAUUCCAAAUUCGCAGGAAUCUGAAAUCUUCUCUUCUAUGCAUUUCAAUCGUUCACUUUUCAAAUCGUAGAGAGAUUUUAUUUUUUCUUUGCAAUCCAAAGGAGGGGAAAUAGAAUGGCGUUUAGACGCAGUAUUACAGUUCGAGCCAAGAAUCUUUACCAAGAGCAGCGCUACGCUCCUUCACUUUCCCACAUCAAUCACCGCCAAAACGACGACGAUGAUUCCAAACCCAACUCUACACCCAUUUCUGAAAUCCCAAAAUCCCCAUCUUUCCUCACAAGAAGAUUUUCCAUAACCCAAUUCGCCAACUUUAAUGGCUCCAACCCAAAGGGUCUGCUUCAAGACCGGAGAUAUUCAUUUUCGUCGGGUGGCCAGUUUAUGGGUGCGAUGAAUUAUGGGUUGAAUUUCAGUAGAAAUAUGUCGACUAGCAUUGGGGAAGCGGCGGCUGAGAAGAUUGAUUAUAUUACUGAUGUGGCGGAUGUGUUGACUGAUCAUACUGUUGAGGCUGUGGUGACGCAGGCGGCUCCGGUGGUGAAUGAGGUGGCUGUUGCCGCCGCGGAUUCAUUUCUUCCUGUAGCUGCUUUGCAGUACUUGAUUGAUUACGUUCAUACGUUUACUGGAUUUAAUUGGUGGGCAUCAAUUGUUGUGACAACUAUAUUGAUUCGAUGGGUUACAGUUCCACUUAUGAUUAAUCAGCUGAAAGCUACUUCAAAGUUUACUCUUCUAAGGCCACGUCUGGAGGAGAUUAAGGAAGAGAUGGAAAGUCGGGGCAUGAGUCCUACUGCCGUGUCUGAAGGUCAGCAGCGAAUGAAGCAAUUAUUUAAUGAAUAUGGUGUUACACCAUUUACGCCUAUGAGGGGACUUCUAUUUCAAGGGCCCAUUUUUAUCAGCUUCUUUCUUGCUAUUACAAACAUGGUGGAAAAGGUUCCAUCUUUUAAGGAGGGUGGAGCAUUCUGGUUUGUUGAUUUGACCACUCCAGAUAGCAUGUACAUUUUUCCUGUUUUAACAGCAUUGACGUUCUGGAUUACAGUGGAGUGCAAUAUGCAAGAAGGAAUGGAAGGGAAUCCUGCUGCUGGCACCAUAAAAAAUGUUUCAAGGGGCUUUGCAGCUCUGACAAUUCCAUUCACUGCAGGGUUUGCAAAGGGAAUAUUCUGUUACUGGAUUACCUCAAAUAUUUUUUCUCUCAUGUAUGGACUUGUAAUCAAGAAUCCUGCGGUGAAGAAGGCCUUAGGUAUUCCUAUAAUACCUGUUACACCACCUUCUCCAGGUGAGCAAAAACCUGCCUUCUCAUUCUUUGAGGCAGUAAAGAAAUAUGCAGCAGCACAAGCUGCAGCACAACAUAAGCAAACGCUGUCAGCGCCUGCUGAUGCAGUUCAACAAAGCCAAACACCAUCAUCACCUGCCGAAGCAUCAAAACCUGCUAGUCAACAACGUGUACCCUCAUCAUCAAUCAUCAGCCAGAGGCUGAGGAGCUUGGAGAAAGAAGUUAAAGGGAGAAAAAAGGGCAAGAAGAGGUGAUGUGUUGGUACAAAAUUUCCCAUGAAAGUUGACUAGUUGAGUGUCUUUGACUUACCACUUCGUGGUUUUAGUACUUUAUGCUAGUAAUAUUAGCAGAAAUUAUUCAUAUCUAGAGGGUAUGGUCACAAUAGAUUUUGUGGGAAUGCAAAGAGUUGAAAGUUUUCUGUUCAAUACACCCUGUAGGAAUUUUGGCAAUGGUUUAUGGGAUUGCUAGUUGGUAAUUCUUAGAAAUAACACUCUUGUGAGCUGGAGUAAUAACAGCAAUACAGCAUUUUGACUUAAAUUAUUUGUUGACCCAUA